AUGGAAGCUCUCGGCUUCAACAUGUCUGCAGGGUACCUCGAGGGUGUUGUUCGAGGAUACAAAGGAGCCCUCCUUACCCAAAACCAGUACCACAACCUGACCCAAUGUGACAACCUCGACGACUUUCGCACCCAGCUCUCUUCUACCGACUAUGGCAACAUGCUCAGCGACCAAGCCGUACCUCUCACCACCGCCACCAUCGCCGACAAGGCUACCGAAAAGCUCAUUGCCGAGUUCCACUAUCUCCGCACCAACGCGGUCGAGCCCCUGGCGACCUUUUUGGACUACAUUACCUACGGGUACAUGAUUGACAAUGUCAUUCUGUUCACUCUGGGUACUCUGCAUGAGCGAGAUAUGAGGGAUCUGAGGGAGAGGUGUCAUCCUUUGGGGCUGUUUGAGGGUAUGGAGGCCCUCAGCGCCGCUACCAAGGUUGAGGAGCUGUACCACAGUGUGAUCGUAGAGACGCCCUUGGCGCCAUACUUCCAAGAGGCCCUGUCGGUCGACGAGAUCACGGAUCUCAACAUCGAGAUCAUGCGCAACUUGCUAUACAAGGCCUACCUGGAAGACUUCCAUGCCUUUUGCCAAACCCUCCCCUCCCCCACGUCCGAGGUCAUGUCGCGUAUCUUAUCGUUUGAAGCCGACCGCCGCACGUUAAACAUCACCAUCAACUCUAUCGGUGCUGGUCUCGAAAAGGACAAGAGGGCGCAGCUGUUCCCUACCAUUGGAAGGCUGUUCCCAGAAGGCAACAAUGCGUUGGCCAGGGCAGACGAUGUCGAGGCGGUAGUCGCGGCCGUGGACCAUAUCGCAGAGUACAAGGCGUUCUUUGAGAAGGCCGGCGUGACCUCUGGGGGCGGAGCGGGCGUGGACGAGGCGAGCUCAAGUCUGGAAGACGAAUUCUUCAAGUGGGAUGUGGAGCUCAACAAGCAGAGCUUCUUGCAGCAGUUCCAGUAUGGCGUCUUCUAUAGCUUGGUCAAGCUCAAGGAGCAGGAGGUCAGGAACUUGACCUGGAUAGCAGAGUGCAUCGCUCAGGAUGCCAAGGACCGGGUCAAUGAUUACAUAGCCAUAUUCUGA